UCAAAGGAAUGGAGGAAGUAUUUGGUGUUCAGGGAGGAGUGGCAAAAGUAUAGGGAAACCUUCUACAAUCAGUGUCGUUCGUGGGUAGAUGCAGAAGGCGACCCUACUAUGAAGCAAAAAUUGAUUUCACGAGGAAGAAAAGUGAAGAAGGUCAAAGAUAUAAUGUAUCGUUUAUAUAAAGCAACAAAGAGCAAUCUUAGAAGCAUUGCGCCAAAAGAAAUAAAGCUACUUAAGCAUUUGCUGAACAUCACUGAUCCUGAAGAACGGUUCUUGGCAUUGGCAACUACUUUCUCUCCGGGUGAUGAACACGAAGCAAAGGACCCUAAUGCUCUUUACACUACUCCCAAAGAGCUGCACAAAUGGAUUAAGAUAAUGCUUGAUGCUUACAAUCUCAGUAAGGAAGACACUAACAUUAGAGAAGUCAAACACUUGACUCAGCCUGUGACUCAUUUUUUUAAAACAUCACUAUAUUAUACAUUAGAGGUUGCUCAGGCCAAAUUUGAUGAUAUCCUUGACUCUCCUUCAGUGGAUGCGGCAUGUGAGAAGAUUAAAAGCCUUGCCAAAGCAAAGGAACUAGAUUCCUCAUUGAUCUUGUUGAUAAACAGUGCUUGGGCUUCUUCAAAAGAAUCCACAACUCUGAAAGAUGAGGUCAAAGAUAUAAUGUAUCGUUUAUAUAAAGCAACAAAGAGCAAUCUUAGAAGCAUUGCGCCAAAAGAAAUAAAGCUACUUAAGCAUUUGCUGAACAUCACUGAUCCUGAAGAGCGAUUCUCAGCAUUGGCAACUGGUUUCUCUCCUGGUGAUGAACAUGAAGCCAAGGACCCUAAUGCACUUUACACUACUCCCAAAGAGCUGCACAAAUGGAUUAAGAUAAUGCUUGAUGCUUACAAUCUCAGUAAGGAAGACACUGACAUUAGAGAAGUCAAACACUUGACUCAGCCUGUGGUUAUACAGAGGUUGUUCAUCCUCAAGGAAACUAUAGAAGAAGAAUACUUGGAAAGUAGCAGGUUUCAAGACUCUAAAACAGAAGGGACCACUAAAUCAGAGGAGUUGUGA